AUGGCUAAUGUGCAGCGCACCCCACCGAAAACCACGAAAUCUCAGAAUACGAAUCUAAGUCAAAGCCAGACCCAAUCAGAACCGGACAUCAACUCUGCAUUAAUGAUGAGUGACUACGUCAACACAAAUAGGAACAACAAAAGACCUCGCCAGGACAACUCACCUCGAAGCUCGCAAGAAUCCCACAUUAAUCCAGAGCAGCGGAAAGACAACCAAAGCGAUACUAUCACCAAAUUGCUACGCGACCAAACAGAAAUUAUUUCUAAAUUAUCUACAGACAUAGGAGAAAUAAAAACUCAAAAUUCACAAAUACAUUCAUCUAACGUGGAAUUACGUAAAUCCAACGAGGAGAUAGUGAAAUCGAUGGUGUUUAUAAAUAAACAAUUUGAAGACCUUAAAAAAGAGGUCGAAGACCUUAGGAAGGAGAGGCAAGAACAAAAGCAAUACAUAGAACAGUUAGAAAGCAAAGUACUUGAUCUCCAGUAUAAAUCUAGAUCAUCUGGUAUCGAAAUCCGAAAUAUCCCACUAUUAAGCAAGGAAUCCAGUGCCAGUCUCCUAAAUACAGUAUGCAGUAUUGGUGAAACUGUUGGAAUAGAUAUAUCGGAAACUGAGGUGCGGGAUAUAUACCGCAUUCCCGGGAAACCCUCUGCCCAUGACACCAUACGCCCCAUCAUAGCGGAAUUUUCUUCAGUUCAGAAAAAGGAAGUCUUUGUAUCUGCUGUUCGGUCGUUUAACAAGAAUAAAAAUAAAGAUGAGAAAUUAAACACCUCGAUCAUCGGUAUUCCAGGAGAGAGUCAACCAGUAUACGUCGCGGAACACCUUCCUCCAAACACCAAGAAGCUCUUCUACAUGGCUAGAAAUUUUGCCAAAAAUAAUGCAUACAAAUAUUGCUGGAUCUCUAAUGGCAACAUCUUCCUGCGUAAACUGGAAGGUGACAAACAAAUACUAAUUCGUACAGAAAAAUGUUUAAAUGAUGUCAAGAAUUUACAGAUCUGA